UUAUGGCAGACCAUGGACACCAGAACAAAGACGAGAUUUGUUUGCCAAAAUGAAAAAAUUUGGCUUAAACACAUACAUGUAUGCUCCAAAAGAUGAUUUUAAACACAGAGCUUACUGGAAGGAACUAUAUUCUGUUGAAGAAGUUGAACAUCUGACAUCACUUGUUAAAGUUGCAGAAGAAAAUGAUGUGACCUUUUUCUAUGCAUUAUCUCCAGGCGUAGACAUAUCAUAUUCAAGUGCAAAAGAUAUUUCUGCGCUUAAGAGAAAAUUAGAACAAGUACGUCAGUUUGGAUGCAAAGCAUUUGCUCUGCUUUUUGAUGACAUUGAACCUGAAAUUAGUGAGACAGACAAAGAAGUAUAUCAAUCCUUUGCUCAUGCUCAAGUUGCAGUUUCAAAUGAGAUAUAUGAAUAUCUGUCUCAUCCAAAAUUUAUCUUCUGCCCUACAGAAUAUUGUGCUGCUAGAGCAAUCCCUAAUGUACAAAAUUCAGAGUAUUUGAAUACUAUUGGACAAAAGCUGCAUUUGGAUAUUGAUGUUAUGUGGACUGGUCCGAAAGUCAUAUCAAAGGAAAUCACUAUUGACUCUAUUCAGGAACUUACUGAAGUUCUCAGGCGUCCUCCUCUUAUAUGGGAUAACUUACAUGCUAAUGACUAUGAUCAAAAGCGACUCUAUCUUGGUCCAUAUUGUGGAAGAUCAACUGAGCUUAUUCCUCGCCUGCGUGGAGUGCUUACAAAUCCUAACUGCGAAUAUGAAACAAACUUUAUUGCUAUUCAUACAUUGUCUCAGUGGAGUAAAUGUACUGUUGAUGCCAAAAGGGAACUAAAUUUGAGUGAUUCUGUUAGUGCUGAUAUUAAACUAGAGACUGAAAAUGAAGAUAUUGAUGACAUUCCAUCGCAUGUCAAUCCUAACACGUACCACCCAAAAAUUGCUUUAAAAAUUGCUAUUCAAGAUUGGUUGCCAGAAUUUUACAAAGCAAAAACUGCUUUUGGAAGAAGCAUUAGUGCUCCAUUAGUUCCUACACCUAUACCCGCAUGUCCUCUUCCAGUAAUUACUGCAUGUUUCUCUACUGCUUCUGUUACAACCCCAACCCCUUCAGGUAGAGGAAGCCCAAGUUUAGACUCUUCAUUCCAACCACUUUCUAAGGAAUUGGUUAAUUCAUUAAUUGCAUCAAAGGAAAGUGAGCCAAUGGACUGCAAUCCUUUGCCUUCACCAAAGGGUUCUCCUAAAAGUUCUUCUAAGAAUAGUGAAAGUGAUAUAACAAUAGCUAGUGGAAGUGAUAUCAGUUUGAAAUCUGAACCUUUAACUGAUAGUGUAAAUAAAGAAGACGUAGCUGAAGAAAUGCAGACAGAGCCUGUAGAUGUAUCACCUACUAGUUGUGAUAGUGAAUCAAAACAACUGCUUGAAAGUGAUGUUGUUUUAUUAAGUGAUUUAUUCUACUUGCCAUUUGAACAUGGGAAGCAAGGACUCAAAAUUUUACAAGAAUUCCAUUGGUUAAAAUCCCAUGGAUAUUUACUGUGCCAAUCUUCAAAUCCUCGAAAAAAGGUUGGAGCAGUAAUGGAAAAUCCUGAAAUACAAGAGUGGUAUAACAGAGUUGCCAAAUAUGAUACCAUGACUCAAGCAGUUGGAAAACUUCUAAUGCGUUUAACAUUUUGUCCUAACCGUUCUUUACUAUAUGAUCUUUAUCCAUAUGUUUGGGAUAUUAAAGGCGUAAUAUCCAUGCUGAAUUCAUAUUUGAAAUGGAUUGCUCUUCGGGGAGUUCCAGUCCCAGUGACCAGUUUGAUGGCUUCUCCUUUAUCAUGUUACAAAGAAGCCUUCAUGUCAGGAGAUCAAGAACCUUGGGUAUAUGUGGGAGGUCUAACAUCUGAAUUACAGCAUUUAUUGCCUCUUGAAAGUGUCAACGAUUUAUUUCUUUACAAGUCUCCUGAAACACCGAACAGUAGGAUUUAUACUAUCCGUCCAUAUUUGCCAAGUGAUGAGGCUCAGGUUUACAAUGUCUGUCGAAGAACUAGUGAUGAUGGAAUGGAUGGCAGUGAAGUUUUCCCCGACUAUCCAGACCUUAUGGGUGAUAAGCUGAUAGGUCCCUUUCUUCAUCUGAGUCCUGAAUUCUGCUUUGUUGUUGAAGAUGAUACUGGAAUUUGUGGGUAUGCUUUAGCAGCUUUGAAUGCAAGAAGUUUAAGAAAAAAAUCCGAAAUGUGUUGGAUUCCUGAGUUGCUCUCCAAAUACCCUGCUCCCAAAAAAGCAAGUGGAGAAAUGCUUAACCCUGCUGAAGAAAUUAUUUCAACUUUCUACAACCCUCAAAAAGAGGGACCUCCAGAUAUAGUUCAUGAACAUCAUCCAUCAAUAUUGUGUAUGAAUAUAUUGCCAUCUGUAAAUGAUUCAAGUGUACCUAAACGUAUGCUGACAUGUAUACUCUCCACAUUGAAAGCAAAUGGCUCACAUGGAGUUUUUACUGAAGUCACUGUUGGAGACAAAAAUAUAGUUGACUUUUUCUCAAAGCUUGGAUUCCAGGAAAUUGCCCAUCCAGGAUUCACAUGUGAUGAUGUUUUUUAUAUGGGAAGAACAUUCUAGAUUUUUAUUGUGAAGUCAUGAUGAAUUUUGUUUUCAAAGAGUAAAAUGUAAGUGAUAAAAGCAUAAUUUUCCUGCCUAUUGCAGCCACUGCCCAUUAAUUGUCAGUUAAAUACUUCUAAUGAGCUGCUUUCAGUGCUCUUGCUAUAAAGACAAUCCUGCAUCAGAUACAUUAUUUAUGUAAUUUAGUACCUUUCCAAAUAAUGCUUAAAACUAUUGGUAGCCAAUUCCAGUCAUAAAUUGUAUAUAUUGGGACAAGUGUAAAUAUAUUUUUAAUUUGAUACAUGAAUCAGAGUAAGUUAAAUGCAUUUAAGUGCUACUUCUGAGUGCAAAAUAGUUGAGGGAAAAAGGAGCAGUUUACCAUAGAAUUUUUGUAUUUUUAGAUUAUUUGCAUUUUUUCUCAAAAUGUUUGUUGAAUAUGUUUUCACUAUUUUGAAACACUUCCUGUUUUUAGUGAAAUUUGAAAAUUUCAUGGUAGAAUAUUGUUACUGGCUGCAACAUACGUUUGUUUCUCUCUAGAACAGCAAUUUUUUGUUUUGUAAACAUUUAAUUUCAAGAUUACUACAAAUUUGUCACAUCAUUAUUGUGAUACUAGUAUAUGUAUGAUCAUGCAAGAAGUAACUGAAAUGAAUAUUUUUUCUCCCUAGACAUGUAUAUCUAAGAAACUCAAGUUGCAAAAAUAUUUUUGUGGCAGAGUACCACCACUUGUAUGUAGCUCUGAAAUACUAUGUCUUAAUAUGAAAGUCAAUAGCCCCACUGUUAUUUGGUAGAAAGAAUUACAAAUUUAGAUAUUCUUCACAUUAAACUUAGCUUCAUUUGUUGGCCAGCUCUCUGAUUGCUGCUGCAAAAGCUACUUGAGUAUAGCUUUUCUCAUUUCUUUGUUUUAUGUUAUUUAUAUGUUAGCUUUUCAUGAGGAACUCCUACAUUUACUUUAACAAUCAACACAAGUUUUAAAAUUGAGCUUCCAUUUCAAUGUCCAAAAUUCAUUAAGGUUCCAUGCUGUUUAUCUUCAUUAACUGCUAGCCAGACAUUGCUUAGUGUAAUUGUGUAAUGGUCUUUCCUUUGUCAGGUAAUGAUAAAACAACUCAUUUUCUUUUAGAAACAGUAUUUCAAGUAAAACAAAUAAAUCAGAAUAUGAUAGACAGAAAACAAAUGAUGCUACUGAAGGCUAAAGUAACACUGAAAAUAACAAAAUAAUGGUAACUAAUUGCCCGUGUAUCUGUGUUAUUAUUGUACUGUGUACUUGUUGUAUUAAAUAAUGACUUAUAAGGCACUGUUAAAAUGUCUGAUUAAUUUGUUCCUCUCUCCCUAAAAGUGAUCUAGAGCUGAUCAGAUCCGAUUAUCUGUCAGAUCAGUCUGUGUAAUUGAAGUUCUGCUGUAUUUAAAAUAGACAUACAGAUGUGGACAAAUGUGGCGGGAUCAACCCAUCUGCUUAAAUUCCUUAAACUGAUAAAUGCAGGUGUCUUAAGGCUGAAUGUUUUAAUAAAAUAAGUUAGAAUAAAAAAAAUGGUUUUACUGCAUUGCAGUUGAUGAUACUUAAAAAUUUAACUGCACAUUUAAAUGCCACUUGAUACAUCCAAUAGACGCAAUAGCACUGAGACUUAAUUGAAAAUUUUAAUUUUGGAUUCCAAUAACAGAACUUCUGUUUAUAAAUAUUACUUAAAAAUUUUCUUAACAUUAAACCACAUCUACCAUGGUUUUUAGAAAACUUAUUAUUGAACAGCAAGAAAAGUCAUGUGAGGAAAAUAAAAAGUUGUAGAUGAGUUGUGUUGUCUGCCAACUUGUAAGUUAGCUGUUCUCACCACCACUUAUGUUUGAAGUAUCAUACCUGAAAUAGUUGAAUUGAUUAUUAGGAUUUAUUUUGUAUUUUGUGAACAUAUCUCUAUGAUUAAAUUUAUAAAGUGUAAAAUUGCAGUGUUAAAAGUUUCAAGCACCUCUUUUUUAUGUUUGAAGUGUCAUACCUAAAUUAGUUUGAUUAAUUAUUGUGAUUUGUUUUUCGCUGUAAUUUGUGAGCAUGUUUCUAUAAAUUAAUUUAAAAAGUAUAAAAUUGCAGUGUUAAAGAUUUUAAGCAUUUAUUUAAACCAUAUUUUUAGUUCUUUGCUUCCUGUAAAAUUCAGGGAAUUUUUUUGCUUCUUUUUGAACAAUACAAUUUUGCCCUUUAUAUACGUUGCUAAGAGUUGAUGUACCAAUAAUUGCUCAAAAAUUACUGUAGAUAUUUUUUGUCUUCUCACUCAUUAUUUUUUUUCUACACACAACAGCAUAUUAUAAAAUAGUUUAAGUUCAAUAUGUUUUGCUAUAUAUAUAUAUUUUCUAUUUAUCUAUUUGUGCGCACAAUCAUGAAGUUGAAAGUUUAAAUUAAGCAUUUUAAUGGUGGUAUAAUGCACAAAUUCAGUGGUUAGAUUACAUUGUUUACUCUCAUUUAUGACAUUUCAUUUCAAAGAAGCUUUUUCAUUUUGGACAUUCAAUAAAACUUUGAAAUUCAAAAGUUUCAAUAUGAUACUAUUCUUUGUUUAAAACUUUUCUUAAUUUUCUGAGGAGUUGGACAUGAAAAAUAGCAAGCUUUAUGGUCUUUUUUUCCCCAAAAGAUUCCCCUUUCACAUUCUGUAAUGUAAAAGGAAAAUCUUUCGAAAAUAUUGCUCCUUAUAAAUCUAAUUGCUUUUUAGUUUUAUUCAUGCAAGAUAAUAUUUUUUUUUUUUAAUCUGAACUAAGGCUAGAUACUUGGUGUUUGGUUGAUGUUUAGGAAGUAUCCUAAUUUAUUGCUCAUUGGGAAACUACUUAUAUUAACAUGUAUAUUUUUGCAGCAUAUUUUCAACACAACUUCAGUCAAAAUAAUUUUCUGAAAUUUAUUUUUAUUAUUUUGUCAAUGUCUUCAUGGGAAAAUUCUUUAGUGUUAUAAAUAAAUGCUACUAAAAUUUUAACUAGUUUAUGUAACCCUCCUCCCCCCCCCCCCCCACAUAACUGUUUUCUUUUUUUGGGGGGAGGGGAGGAAGCUAAUCCUAUUCCUGUUGACACUUAGAAAAAAACCUCCUUUUAGCUGAAACAUCCAGAAUAAGGACAUUUGCUGUUUGCAAGUAAUUCUUGCUCUGUAUAUUAAUGAAAAAUUAUUUGAAGUUCCCUUAUACUUUGACAUAUGCAAAUUUUUAAUGCAUAUAAAAAGCACAAAAUUGCACAAUGUUACAAAGCAAUUUUGACAAUAGUAAUUUGGAAGAUUUUGGAUAGUUUAUUACAAAAUUACAAAGUAUCUAACACUUUGAUUUGUACAAAAAGGAAAGGAAAAAAAAAUGUUUGAAAGGCUUAUUCUCUAUCCUUAACUUUCUCAUGCAUCAUCUGUAUGUACAAAGCAGUUACAUUUAUUGUGUCUGAAGAUAUGAUAGAAAAAAUUACUUAUUGACGGAAUUGAAACAUCAAAAUUAAUGCAAAAAUGCUCAUUUAGUUGCUUUGAUUACAAGUUUGUAAAAGCGCAUAUCUGAGCAUAGCAUUUUUGUAACAGUAUUAAUAUGUAGGACUAAACCUUUAAAAAUCGUACAUUUUUUUAAUGACUAGACUUAUUUCUAAAAAAAAGAAUUUAACUAUUCUACUUUUUAUUUGAGUCCUUUUUUUCGGGCCAACCAGCAACCCAAGAUAAUGCCAAGUGAAAAAGGGUUACAUUUACCUCACUUAUUUGAGUUUAACCCCUUGAGGACCAGCGCAUGGAAAACGAAGCACUGCUACGGGACCGAACGUUCCGAAAUGGAACGCCGCCAUCGGCCCGAGCAUUUACAGCAGUUAAGCCUAACUGAACAAAAAUAUUCAUAUAAAAUCAGCAUUUCAAAAUAAUGACUUGAAAUUUUAAAUUUGCUUACAUAAUGUACUACUGAUUACUAAUUAUUAAUAUAAAGACUAUUACAUUAUUAGAAAGGAGUGAAACAAGUAGAAUACUAAAACUUUAACUAUGUGCACAAAGAUAAAUAAUAUGUGCACAAAAACAAAGUUAGAGUUAGACAUCGUGAGUGUGCAAUCAAAGAAAAAGAAAUGUAGCAAAAAAAUAUGUUCCUUAUGUAAUUUUAAUUAAAACAACUUAGGUCAACGAAUUUAAACUAGUUAAAUUCCCACGCAACAAGUCUCAAAAUUGCUUCAUAAUUCUCUCGAAAACAUUCCCUUUCACUCACUUCGCUAAUCAUUUUUAUUGCAAUGUUCCAGUCUCCAAAUAAAAAAGAAUAAAUAAAGAAGAACAAUAUCAGAAAAGAUUCAAAAAUAAUCAUAAACUUCAGUGCCGCUUGAAAUCAUUCCUGUACUCUCAUCGAACGGGGAAUCCCAAAAGUCUGGAACACAUACGCAAAAAUAUUUUAACCUUCCUCCCCCUCCCCCAUAAUUUAUUCAGCUAGAUGUUUAUCUCUUUCAAUUACUCGCAACAAAAAAAGAGAAGCAAAGAUAUAAACAAGAGCAAUUGAGACCUCAUAAAUCGUAUGCGCAGAGCAGUGAUUCACUGUUGUUUACAUAAAAAAAAAUCUAUCCCAUUGAGAGGUCCAAAUAAGAAACUAAAGCGUGUAGAUGAAGGUCAAAUACCAUGUGACUCGAAUAUGAUCAAAGUUAUAGCCAUUUAGCACCAUCUAUUAUCGUUUAAAUAUUCAAUUCAAUCGUUCCAUUUCGAGAAAGCGUAUAUGUGACGCUGGGACGUCAGUGUCGAUCAGAGCGCGAAGCGAAUAUGUGUCGCUGGGCUGAUAAGAGAGGAAUUGUUGCGUAGCGUCCGCGUGACGCUGGGUGCGAACGGGUUAAUAAAAUGUUCUUUUUCAUUUUUUAUAAGAAAGGAAAUGUUUUAAUUUUUCUCGUAACAUUUUUCAUACACGGAUCAUUUCUUAGACUCAUUAUACAGUCUAUGCAGCUUUUUUAAUGCAGCAAUUAAGAAUAAAUAAUUGAAGGAUCUGUUGUAAAGAAUUGCCUUUUAGUUUCUUUGACUAGUAUGAAUUUUUAUUUUAAAAGUAAUGUUAGGUAUGAAACUAUAUGAAUUAUAUGAAUUAGAAUGUGUAAACAAGAACAAUUUAAAAGAAAUAUUUUUCUUUAGCAAAAGAUUUUGGACAAUUUGAAUCUUCAUUGUUCAAUUUAUUAUUGAAUAUCUUAGAAUGCACCCUAAUUUGUUUUUUUCCUUUGUUAAAAAAUUAAUGCUUUUAAACAUCAUUUUGACAAAUGAUAAGAUCAGUAACUAGCACUGACAGAUUGAUGCUUUAGGUUAUUUUAUAGCUUUUGAGAUUCUCAUUCAUGUAUAAUGUCUAUGUAUCUUUUAUUAUGUAAAUUAACUGAGUAACAUUCUAAAACUAUAUUGGAAUUGGCAUUUUGUUUGAAAUUGUAGUUUGAGUUCCAUAUAUGUUUAUCUUGAUGUUUCUUCAUGCACUCCCCUCAUACAUUUGUUUCAUUUUAUCAAAAGAAUUCUCAUUUAUGUAACCAUGUUUCAUGACAAAGCUCUAUUCAUGAAUGUCACAAGUUAUUUUUGUCAUACUGAUUGAUAGAUUAAUUUGGAAUGCUACUAAAUUUCUGAGUGUAUGGAAAAAAAUGUGUUAAUGUUGCUUUAAUGAAGGUAUUGCUAAAUACUCAACAAUUUAAGAUGUAUACAUAUUUUGUCACUGUACACAUGUAUGUUUAUAUAUUGAGCUUUUUGUGUAACUCAUGGUUUUGUCUAGACUGGGUCAAAAUGGAAGAUGUAUUUUUGAGAAGAAAAAUAAAUUAUGCAAU